ACAUUCUCCUUUAUCAUCUGGUGCUUUUCAGGCAGCCCUGCAGCCUCCUGGCUGCCGUCUUUGUUGAACUAACUGUAAACACUGCGCAAGGUGAAGUUAUGCGUUUCAACGUAUACCGAAACAAAGGGCCUUCGUUUGCUACCGAAGAUAUUGCAACAGCUAACGGAGUACCACUUUUAAGAGGUAUACCGAUAGGUAAACAUAUUAUCUACCCCAUUGAAAAGGUUCUCAAUCCGCAAGACUUAUCGCCCAACAACACCAUCAUCAAUUUUUUGAAAAGCAAUAAAGACUUCUCCAUAUUUCUAAGCAUAUUCGAAAAACUUGGCUUAACCCAAAAUAGUUUCAGAGCUCGUCCGAAAACGAGGUUUGUUCCGACCAACGCCGCAUUCAAAGCACUUCCACCUGGUGUUCUCGAUUCCUUUUUUGCCGACCUAGACAAAUUGGUUGUUCUUUUAAAAAUGCACGUCGCUUCUGGAACGCGUCCCGGUGGAGAUUAA